UCCUCCUCCUCCUCCCCCUUCUUCUUCUCCUCCUCCUCCUCUUCCUCCUCCUCUCCUCCUCCCUCUCCUCCCCCCGAGCGGAGCCGGACUCCGGGAAACGCCCCUGCCGUCUUGCGUCCAAUCUGCCCGUUCUUCGGUCCCCGCCGUCGAAGGAACGGGCGGCUCUGCAGACCCGAACGGAGCCGCGGGCGCCGCGGGCUCUGGAUCUCUCUGGGAGUCGCUGCUGCUCGUCGCCCGCAGUUCCGAGCGUCCGGCCGGUCCGGACUCCCAACUUGGAAUCGCGACUCCCGGAGCCACUGGGCGAGCGGCCUCCAGCACGGACAGCUCCCGCCGGGCCCAGAAGAAUGGUCACUCAGAUAAUUAGCACAAUGGAGACUCAGGUGUCCAGCGGCCCCCCCAGCACGGCCCUCCCCAACGGGCCCCUCAUCAGCACCAACGGUGCCACCGACGACAGCAAAACCAACCUCAUCGUCAACUACCUGCCCCAGAACAUGACUCAGGAAGAGUUCAAAAGUCUCUUUGGUAGCAUUGGGGAGAUCGAGUCCUGCAAGCUGGUCCGGGACAAGAUUACAGGUCAGAGUCUGGGGUACGGCUUUGUGAACUACGUGGACCCCAAUGAUGCCGACAAAGCAAUCAACACCCUCAACGGGCUCAAGCUGCAGACCAAAACCAUCAAGGUGUCCUAUGCCCGGCCCAGCUCAGCCUCCAUCCGUGAUGCUAACCUCUAUGUCAGUGGCCUUCCAAAGACCAUGAGCCAGAAGGAGAUGGAACAGCUUUUCUCCCAGUAUGGCCGCAUCAUCACCUCCCGCAUCCUUGUGGACCAGGUCACAGGAGUCUCCCGGGGAGUCGGGUUCAUCCGUUUCGAUAAGAGGAUAGAGGCAGAAGAAGCUAUUAAGGGUCUCAAUGGGCAGAAGCCUUUGGGGGCCAGUGAACCCAUCACAGUCAAGUUUGCCAACAAUCCCAGUCAGAAGACAGGUCAGGCACUGCUCACCCACCUGUACCAGACCACCGCCCGGCGAUACACCGGGCCCUUGCACCACCAGACGCAGAGAUUCAGACUGGACAAUUUGCUAAACAUGGCGUACGGUGUGAAGAGUCCUCUGUCCUUAAUCACCAGGUUCUCUCCCAUCACCAUCGACAGCAUGACCAGUCUAGCGGGGGUCAAUCUCACUGGGGCCUCCAGCGCGGGCUGGUGCAUCUUCGUGUACAACCUGUCCCCGGAGGCAGAUGAGAGUGUGCUGUGGCAGCUGUUUGGACCCUUCGGAGCCGUCACCAACGUCAAAGUGAUCCGUGACUUCACCACUAACAAGUGCAAGGGCUUCGGCUUCGUCACCAUGACCAACUACGACGAGGCAGCCAUGGCCAUCGCCAGCCUCAACGGCUACCGCCUGGGCGAUCGCAUCCUGCAGGUCUCCUUCAAGACCAGCAAGCAGCACAAGGCGUGAGAGACGGUGGGGCUGGGUGAGGGGGAGUGGGGGAAGAAGAGGGAGGGCA